AUGCCAGUUGAUCCAGAAAAAUUAGCUAAAUUACAAAAAAAUACUGCUAAAAAAGUUGGUGGUUCAAGAGUUAAAGCUAAAAAAAUUGUUAAAACUGAACAAGAUGAUACCAAAUUAAUUGAAGCUUUAGGUAAAUUAAAAGCUACCAAGAUUGAAGGAAUUGAAGAAGCUAAUUUUUUCAAAGAAGAUGGUAAGGUUUUACAUUUUAAUAGAGUUGGUGUUCAAGGUGCUCCAACUUCAAACACUUUUGCUUUCACUGGUUAUCCUCAAGAAAAACAAAUUACUCAAUUAAUUCCACAAAUUUUACCACAAUUAGGUGCUGAAAAUUUAGAAAUUUUAAGACAAUUGGCUGAACAAAUUCAAGCUGGUAAAACUCCAAAAGAUUUUAACACUGGUGCAACUGAAUUACAAGAACAAGGUUCUGAAGAUAUUCCAGAAUUAAUUGAUCAAAAAUUUGAUGAAGUUGAAUAA